UUGAGUGAAAGGAUUGAAACAUUUCACUCAGCUGAGUGUCUUAUGAGACAACCAUUGAGCCUACAAAAUAUAAGCCAGAUGACACUUUUAGGAUGUUCAAAAUUAAAGUCACUAUUCAGUGUAUCCAUUGCCACAACCAUCAUGUUGGAGGAGCUGUAUGUUGAGGACUGUGAAGAAUUGAAGCACAUUAUAACAAAUGAGGCAGAGGAUGAUGAUACCCAUCUCAACUGCACCUCCAUCUUCCCAAAACUACAGAGCCUUUGUGUCUGGAAGUGCAAUAAAUUGGAAUUUAUAUUUCCAUCCACUCUUUCCGGAGGUCUUCAAAAAUUAAAAUCUAUAUUUAUUUCGGGAGCUCAUGAACUGAAAUAUCUUUUUGGAAAAUACGGUGAUGAAGAUUGUCAAUCACAUGAGAAUGAAAAUAAUGAGCCUCACAUUCAUCUUCCUGCAUUGGAAUCACUAUACCUCGAUGAUGUACCAAACAUGAUGAGCAUUAGCAUCAAGAAACAUCAACCGGAAUGCCCAUCUCUACAGAUUGUGGAAGCACCAAAGGAAAUUAAGAAGCACAUGGAAGAUGUGAGAAGUGAGAGAGCAAAUGAAUCUGAAAUACAAGAGAUUGUUAACGUCGAAAUACCACUACUCACUCCAAGUGUGGGCUUUCAACAUGUUCUCAACUUCCACAAUCUAAAAGGAAUAACAAUCAAGGGAAACCAGAAGUUGAAGAUUUUGUUCUCUGUCUCUGCUUGCAGAAACCUAUCACAGUUGUCUCAAUUACAAGUAUGGAAUUGUGAGGAAUUAGUUAAUGUAGUUGAAGAUGAUUCUAAUAAUCAUCAUCAUGACAUGAACUAUAGCUCCAUUUUCCCAAAACUGGAGGAUAUAAGUAUCGGCAAUUGCAACAAGUUGGAGUUUAUAUUUCCUCUGUCUCUUUUUGGUACUCUUCAAAAAUUAAAAUCUUUGAGUAUCUGGAAAGCUGCUGAGUUGAAAUACAUUUUUGGGAAAUAUGAUGAUGGAGAUCAUUUAUCAAAUACAAUUCAUCUCCCUGCUUUGGAAACACUAGAACUUGUAGAUGUACCAAAGUUAAUCAACAAUAUUGGUGCCAAAAAAUAUCACCUCAACUUUCCGCCUCUACGAAGCAAUGUUUUAAGAACCGGACCGGACCGGACGGUCGAACCGGACCUGAUGAAAAUUAUCAAGGACGUGCAAAAGCUGACAGAAUUUUGGGUAAGACACUCCAAAAUAGAAGAGGUUCUUAAUUUGGAGGGAGUGGAAAGUGAAGGUGGAGUCAUCACGUUAAGCUUAGAAAAAAUGUGGUUGGAUGAUCUAAGUGAGUUGAGACAUAUAUGUAGGGGUCCCAAAUAUAUUUUGAGCCUCGCCAAUCUCGAAGAACUAAACAUCAUAGCAUGUAAAAUGCUAAGAGCAGUCUUCUGUGUCUCAAUAUUGAAAAGCCUCCCACAAUUAUCCUCUUUAUUGAUAACAGAUUGUGACGAAUUAGUUAACAUCAUUGAAGAGAGUGAUAGGGAUCAUUUGCAUCAACUUUGUUUCCCAAAGUUAGAGAAAAUUGACAUCAAGUGUUGUCAUAGCUUGAAAUUCCUCUUCUCUAUCUCAACAUGUGAGAUGUUUCCAAAGUUGAAGGUCUUGAGAAUAGAAGAAGCCUCUGAGCUUGAGCAAAUAUUUAUAUGCAAACAAGAUAAUAUGGAGAAGAUGGAAAAAAUGGGAGAAGUAUUUCCAAAACUGUCAAAGAAACUAAUCAAAUCCAAGAAGAGCCUAAAAAUGGGGAUUCAGAAAAUCAAGCAACAGCAAGUGUUUUGCCAAAACUUGUAG